GAUGCCGGAUCUAAAGUAUCUGUUGACUAGUCUGAGCCUGUAUUACUUUGUAGGAAGUGUUCAAGCUAGAUGUCAUAUCGCUUUGGUUCAGUUGGAAGGCAAUAACUUGUACCUAAGCAACCAUACCCGAGUCUAUGAUAUUCAGCGCAGUGAUAUUGUGGAAAUCGGUCAUUUUGUGCAUCUGCUAUGCAAUGAUGGAAAAAUUUUAGAAGUAUUUGAGUGUAUAUCUGGCAGUGUUUUCAGUCCAGCGCUAAGCUCAAAAGCAUGUGCACCACCAAAUCCUGUCGUGGUAGAGGUUAAAGAUACUUCUUGUAUCAUUCCGAGUACUAUGUACGCCGUAGGGUAUACCUUCAAUGGGAACUUCAUGGAACUGUAUCGUAACUGUUAUAAUGCAAACAGCUUGGCGUUCCAACAUUCUAUCUACAAGACUUAUCGCUUUCAAAACAACAUUGAACGUCCCGAAAAUUGCCCUUGGAUGUCGGAUGAAUUAAGUGGUGGAUUUAAUGGUGCCUACAAGGGAGAAAAAACUCAAGCUUGCUUUGUCACUAACCUGGGUGCAAUACAGCCGCAGUGUAAAUUUGAUCGUGGCCACAUGACACCGGCUUCUGCUUUUAUAUCAAAAGCACUUAAGGAGUCAACCUUUAGGUAUCUUAAUGCUAUCCCCCAGUAUCGAGGAGUCAAUCGCGGAAAAUGGAAGGUCGUUGAGACCUGGGUGAACAAAAUGGUAAGGGGAAUGUAUGAUGAUGCGCCUACGCGCACAUACGAUGUCCUUAAGGUUUGCAUUGGGGCACUGGGAGUGCAUAGACUAAAACAUACUACAAGUAACAACAUGAUACCAAUUUACCUGUUGGAUAAUAACAAAAUUCCCGUGCCAGAGUGGAUGUACAAGAUAGUAAGCCAUCUCUCCGGAGAUAAAUGGGUGAUGUUGACCUACAACGACAUAGUAAGUCCCAGUGACAAUGCAUUAAAGGCAAUCUGCAAUGUGAAACCCUGUCACCCGGGCCUUCAUUUUACGGCCACGGAUACUGGACAUACUGUUUGCUGCGAUCCGUACGAUUUUAUUACAAAAAACGCUAAACACUUAACUGGUGUUUGCUGA